AUGGCACCUUAUCCAGUAUUGCAGCAGCAGGUUCACCAUCACGGGCAUGGAAACCCCAAGGCCGACGCUGUGGCGGCGUCGCUCCGGCGAGGCGCCCCGGCCGACGCCCGCGGCCUCCGGGCGCUCAUCAAGGCGCUGCCCACGUCCUCCGCUACGGCGGCGGUGGCAGUGCACGCCCACGCAACCAAGCUCGGUCUGGACCGCGAGCGCACCGUCCGCAAUGGCCUCAUCGCGCUCUACCUCUCGUGCGGCGAGCGCGGGGCCGCGGGGGCCCUGUUCGACGUGUUCCCAGGCGACGGCCCGGACGUGGUUUCCUGGACGGCCAUGGUGACCGGGCACGCGAGGCUGGGCCUCGCCCGCGACGCCGUGGCGCUGUUCUUCGCGAUGCUGGAGCUGGACGGCAGCGGCGUCUCUGUCGACGCGGUGGCCGGCGCAGCAGGGUUCGCAGCCUGCGCGGAGGCGAGGGACCUCGCUCUCGCCCGGGAGGCGCACCGGCGCGUCGCGGCGGCGGGCGUCGCGCUCGACAUCGUGGCGUGGAACGCGCUCUUGGAUAUGUACGCCAAGUGCGGCGACGUGGCCGCGGCGCGCCGGUGGUUCCGGGGGAUGCCGGUGGCCAAGACCGUCGUGUCCUGGAACACCAUGCUCGCGGCGCUCGUACGAGCUGGAGAGCACGGCGAGGCGCUGGACCUGUUCCGGGAGAUGCAGCGCGCGGGCGUGCGCCCGGACGGCGCGACGUUCGUGGCCGUCCUCGGUGCGUGCGCCCAGCUCGGCGCGCUUGACACGGGGCGGUGGGUGCACGCGUACAUGCGCAGGCAGCAGGGGCGUGAUGCCAACACCGACGGCGUCAUCGUCGGCAACGCCCUGCUCGACAUGUACGCCAAGUGCGGCGCGGUGGACCAGGCCGCGGCGGUGUUCGACGGCAUGCCGCGGCGCGACGUGUACACCUACGCGUCCAUGAUCAUGGGGCUGGCCACGCACGGUCGCGCCGAGGAGGCCCUAGCGCUGUUCGCGGCAAUGCGGCGAGCCAGCGUGCGCCCGAACGGCGUAGCGCUGCUCGGUGUCCUUUGCGCGUGCUGCCACGCCGGGCUCAUCGACGAGGGUCUCCGUCACCUUGGCGCCAUGGCGGAGGACUACGGCGUGACGCCCGGCAUCGAGCACUACGGGUGCGCCGUCGACAUGCUGGGCCGCGCGGGGAGGCUGGACGAGGCAGAGGCGCUCGUAGCGGCGAUGCCCGUGCCGCCCGACGCGCUCGUCCGGGGCUCCCUCCUCGCGGCCUGCCGCGCGCGCGGCGACGUCGAGAGAGCCGAGAGGGUGAUGCGGCGCGUGGUGGUGGCGGCAGACCGCGGCAGCGGCGAGGCCGGGGACCACGUGCUCUUGUCGAACAUGUACGCGUCCAAGGGACGGCAUGGCAGGGCGGUGCAGGUGAGGAAGCAGAUGAGGAAGAGCAAGAUGGUCAAGGAUCCGGGCUGCAGCUCCAUCGAGAUCGACGGCGUCGUGCAUGAGUUCCGAGCGGUUCCGGCCAACGCCAUCGCAUGA